AUGCUGUCUCGCUCCGUCUUCAGGUCCUCCAGAGCCGUGAGCUCCAGGCUAUCGGCGCAGGUCGCCUCUGCUUCUCUGCGCGCUCAGUCGCCGCUGCUCCGCGCCUCGGUAGCUCCCGCCGCCGCCGUCUCUCCCUUCAGAGUCGCCUCGAGAUGGUAUUCCGAGUCGGCUGAGUCAAAGAACGAGGAGAAGAAGGAAGAGAAGAAGGAGGGCGAAGAGCAGAAGCAGGAGCUGUCCGAGGUCGACAAGCUGAAGGAACAGAUUGAGGCCAAGAACAAGGAAAUUGUUGAAGUAAAGGACAAGUACCUCCGCUCCGUCGCCGACUUCCGUAACCUUCAAGAGCGCACCAAGCGCGAGAUCCAGGCUUCCAAGGACUUUGCUAUCUCUCGCUUCGCCCGCGAUCUUGUCGAGUCUGUCGACAACCUCGACCGCGCUCUGUCCACCGUGCCCAAGGAAAAGCUCGUUGAGGAGAACAAGGACCUGAUGACUCUGUACGAUGGCCUGAAGAUGACCGAUACCGUUCUGAUGAACACCCUCAAGAAGCAUGGUCUUGAGCGCUUCGACCCCAGCGUUGAGGGCGAGAAGUUCGACCCCAACCUCCACGAGGCUGUCUUCCAGACCCCCAUGCCCGACAAGGAGGACGGCAUUUGCUUCUUCACCCAGCGGACGGGCUUCAUUCUGAACGGCAGAGUUCUUAGGCCCGCUCAGGUUGGCGUCGUCAAGAACGCGUAA